CAGAAACGUCACUUCAGGCUUUCUUGUGUCAACAGUUGUGAUACUACUUCUCCUUCACUUCACUGUCUGUGUUCUCUGCAUAUUCAUAUUGUGAACAUUUAAACCCUUUGAUCUGAGAGCUUGGAAUCACUGCACAGCGCAACUAUCGGAUUUGGGAGGCGAAGCUUGUUGAGAUAUAAGUCACGCAAAGGCGGGGACUGAUAACCACGAUGAGUAGUGAAAUUGCCGCUCUGGAGGCGGAGAUUAAGGAGUAUAGGCUUCAGCUCGAAACCGUCCAACUAGGCCUCCAAUCCGACCCCAGCAACGCCGAACUCCUUGAGCUGAAGAACGAACUCGACCAAGUAAUCGCCCUCUCCCAAUCCGCCAUCGCCGACAUUGCGCCCCCCUCCGCACCACCAAAAGCCCAGCACAAAGCCUCCUCCAGCGCAGCAGCUGCGGCUCCCUCCGCGCCCGAAAAAUGGAAGCGCGAGAACCACCCCAAGUUCCGCGAUGUGGCUGCUGCCGCGCCGAAGGAGGAAGAGGAGGAGCAGCGCGAGAAGCCGAAUUUCCAGGUCAAUGAUAUGGUGUUGGCGAAGUGGCAUUCGGGGGAUAAAGGGUUUUACCCGGCGAGGAUCACGAGUAUUACGGGUAGUAGUGUUGAUCCGGUGUACAUCGUCAAAUUCAAGUCCUACGACACUGUUGAGACGCUGAGGGGGAGGGAUGUGAAAGCCAUUUCCACUGCAGCGAAGCGGAAGGCUGACGGGACGCCGAUUUCUUCGUCGUCGUCCGGGGAGAGGAGGGAGAGUGCGGGGGGGGUGAUAAGUGCAGAGGCGGAGAUUGAUAGGGAUGCGCAGAUGGCGCGCGAGAGGGAGGCGAGUAAGGUGGGGGAUGGACCGGUGAGGCCGGAACGAGCGCCGAAGAAGAUUAAGGCGAAUAAGGAGCUGGAGAAGGGGAAGUCGAAGUGGCAGGAUUGGGCGGCGAAGGGGAUGGGGAAGAAGGGGACGCCGGGGGUGAAGAAGAAGGAGAGUAUGUUUAGGACGCCGGAGGGGGUGCAUGGUCGAGUUGGGUUUACGGGGUCGGGACAGACGAUGAGGAAGGAUCCGUCGAGGAGCAGACAUAUUUACCAGACCAAUGGCGACGAAGAGGGGCUUCAGUGAGGGUGGAUUGGGGAUAUGAAGUCAAGGGAUUACAGGUCUGUGCCGGUAUUACCCAUUUCCCCCCGCCGCAGCCGUGGUUGUUGGGUGCGUGUAAUGAAGUGUAAGGUGGGGGGGCUGCUUUCUUCGAUUGUGUAAUAUGAAACUACCACGCCCAUAAAUAAGACUGCGCUCACACGCUCUUGCGAUAUUAGGAAAUACCAAAUCAAGUACAAAAACCACGGGAUGCGUUAAACGUCUCUCAGGGGUAGAGGUCGUGUAUUGUGUCAAUUUUCCUGAGUAGACGCCCAGAGUUCUGAAUGAAUGGAUGCUGAUCCGACUUUCUCAGGGGUGACUGAAUCGUACUCGCUCGCUGUAAAUAUGGCCCUCGGCGCCUCGAAGUGAGUUGCCAAAUCAAAUCCUUUGGUAUUCCCAGCACUAUCCCUCUAUUUUCAGUUCCCU